AUGGCAGUAGGAUUUAAGUUCAAACUACUUCAAUCCACUCCUUAUUAUGCUCAAGCUAAUGGACAGACAGAAUCAAAUAACAAGGUACUCAUCAACAUUAUCAAGAAAAUGCUUGAGAAAAAUCUAAAGCAAUGGCAUGAGAAAUUAUCAAAAACUCUCAGGGCAUAUAGAACUUCAAAGAUUGAUGCAACUGGCAUGACCCCAUAUGCUCUAACCUAUGGCCAUGAUGCAGUUCUACUACCUAUGGAAAUAGCAGUCCAAUCUCUCAAAAUUGCUCAGCAACACAAUCAGGUUGGAGAAGACUACUCUCAAGCAAUGCUGCUAGAACUAGAAGGUUUAGACACAAGCAGAAUUGAUACCCUCAACAAACUCUUAGCAGAGAAACAGGCUGUAGCAAGGGCCUAUAACAAAAGAGUUAGAAACAAGAGUUUUGAAGAAGGAGAAAUCGUCUGGAAAGCAGUUCUGCCCCUUGGAACACAUGUAGCUGGUCAUGGAAAAUGGUCAUCCACAUGGGAAGGUCUUUUCAUAAUAAAGCAAGUCCUUGGAUUGGGGACAUAUAGGUUACAGGACCAAGAUAAAGACAUCUAUGCUACACCAAUCAAUGGAAAAUGGUUGAAGAAGUUCAAUCCAACCAUGUGGGAUUCACAAGCAGUGCAAACAGACCCUGGAAUCGAAGAAGAAAAGGAUGGAAUUGUUGUUUGA